ACGAAAUCUGUUGAACGUACAACUUAUUUCCUGUUUUGUAAAAAAAAAAAAAAAAAAAAACGACCCAUCCUAGGAAAUGCGUUUGAGAAGUUGCGCUAUAGGGUGAAUAUUUAAUUUGCGCUAUAAGGUAUAAUUUAGAGUGGAACCAUGGAUCCUGAGAUUUUACGAAACAACUCUGCUCAACCAGCGAGGAGGUCGACAAGGCAAUCGAUGAAAGCAGUUACUUUAGAGUUGGCACCCAGAGGUCCGCUGAAGAGGAAGAGGGAAGAGAACAAGAUCCCAUCCUCACCUGUCAAUGGCUCCAUGGAGGACGAUGAGUCCCCUGGCAAGAAGAAUAAGUCAGAGAUUGGAGUGGCAGGGGAUGGCAGUUGUGAUGAGGAUGAGAUGGAUGUCCAGGAGACCACUGGGGAUGAAGAUCUGGACUCGGAGCAGAACGAGGAACAGGAGAUGAGUGCCGAGGAAGACUCCUCCCAUCACAAUGUCACACAGCAUAAACGUCCCUUUGAUACAACUUUGAUGGGGCACAUGAAUGUGAACGUACCGAAGACGGUCGGUGUUGGCUCCCAAGAGAUUGUAGAUCCCAGGUUGUACCUACUGAGUCGCAGUUCCAUUCAUACAACCGAGGAGCUGAAAACAGAUCUGUUUAAAACCAAGAGAAUGGAAAUGUCAAGAAGAGCUGCGUCUGGUACCAAGCCUGCAACCCAACUCAGACCCCUGGAAAACCGACCAGAGGUUUUGAUUUACAAGACGAGCAGCAUGGCAGAGUACAAGGAGAAUAUGGAGAGGAAAGACAAAAAAACUGGAUUGCCCAGCGCUAACCAUUAUAGCAUGAGAGGUUACCCCACCUCUGAAGAGUCCUACACAUCGAGCUGUCGGGUGAACAAUAUUCCUACUCGAAAACAAACUACCAAACUCAGAAAACAAGAUAUUAAGAAAUCAGCUGUUAUCAAGGCAAUUCCUGGGAAAGCUUUUGGGGGGUACAUGUGGAAACUGUGUCAGGCUCUGGUGCUGCUUGUCUCUGGUGUUCUGGGUCUCCUGGCCUACCAGCACUUCUCACUGCCCUUCAGGCCUUCAGGGGGUGGAGAUCAUCCAGCCUGGCCUGUGAGAGAGGGGAAGUUUGUUUCUCAGUUAUCUGCUCUGGAGUCCCUGUUCCCCGGGCAGCGCUCUGAGCUGUGGAGGAGGAGCAGGAUCCACCUGGAGAGGCACCUCCAGACGGCCCGGCCCACGGAGCCAGUCAGCCUGAUGCUGACAGCAGGCCGCAGGGGGGAGAAGACGCUGCACUGCCUUGCCCUGCAUCUGGCCUCCGCCUUCUCCUCUGCCCUCAACGCCUCCUCCAUCCACAUCGACGGGGCCAGCAAGGCUGACCAGGACAGCGACCAGGUCAAGCUGGACAUCGACACCCAGCUGGGGGAAGCCUUCGAGGGGGACCAGCCCGUAGCCGUCAUCCACCGCUUUGAGGAGCUGCCCCCGGGUUCCACGAUCAUAUUCUACCGCUACUGUGACCACGAGAAUGCAGCCUACAAAGAGGUGUUCCUGCUCUUCACUGUGCUGCUGCCUGAGGAGGAGUUAGGGAAGGAGCUCAGUCUGAAUGAGGUGGAGGAGAGGGUCCAGGAUUAUAUUACGGACACCUUUGUGGAAAGUAACAGCUCAGACAAGCCUGGUUCCUAUAAUCGGAUGGACCUGGACAAGCUGAGUGGACUGUGGAGCCGUAUCUCCCACCUGGUCCUGCCUGUGGCAGUAGAGGAGAGCAUAGAGCAGGGAGGAUGCAUGGACUGAACUGGCAGCUACAGGAGACGUCUGGCUAGGUAGGAGCAGGCUCGCUGGGCUGGGCUCCUCUCCGUCUUUAUGGAGCUCUGGAGAAGCUGUGGCUCUGAAGCUGAGGGGUGAUGGUAAUGAAGACACACCCAGGUGCUCUGUGGGGUUUUUAGACUUCACAGGUGAACUCUAGGUCCUAGAGGUGAUAUCUUCCAGAGGUCAUAUGCUCUGUAUAGAGAUUUCUAUGCUGACAGAUCCAAACCAACAUUUAAUAUUCAGCCCAACUGCACUGUUUAGUUUUAACUGAGAUGUCCUCUCUUUCUGGUCCUCUGUCAUAUUUCUGAUCAUUUCACAACUGCCAGCUGCUGUAAUUACAGAGUGACGGUCUGGGUUGAGGAAUCAGGAAGUAAUUACAGAGUGACGGUCUGGGUUGAGGACAACAGUUUGUUGUGGGUGGUUUUUAUUUCAGACCCAACAUUUGCUUUAUAGGGAAGAUGUACAACAUUGAUUUUAUAAUGUGAUGUGUCUAUUUCACGUUUUUCUUGUUUUGUCUUUUCUUUUUUGAAAAUGAAAUGAAAUCGUUACCUUGAAAAAAAGAAAUUCCUUUUGCUAUUCAAUUUAAAGUGUUUGUUGCUACAUGAAAUUGAAUCUGAGUCUAAAUUCCAGGAUUUCACCACUGAUCCAUGCAUUGGUAAAAUGACAAAACUGAGUUCCUUUUCUGCUGUUCAAUGCUCAUGUAUACAUAUUUUAAAAAUAUUAUUUCAAUACCCCCAUUCCCUGCAUAUUUGGCUGAAAUGUCUUGCACUAAUUCUCUGGUUUUACAUUUUCAACCAGCUCACCUCGAGGAAUGGCAGACAUGAAGACAGAAAUAAUCGUAAUUUGGGAUGCUGCGUUAGGUUUGUCUCGCUCUCUCUCUCUGUGUGUGUGUGUGUGUGUGUGUGUGUGUGUGUGUGUGUGUGUGUUAUAGUGUAGUAUUUGCUUAAUGAAUAAUAUUAUUAGAUGACUAUAUUGGAAAUAUUUUGAAAUAAUUGUUAAGUGGUAGUUCUAUUUUUAUAGGACAAGUUGGACAGGGGGGUUACAGAGAAGAGAUGUUGAAUAUGAUAUUUUUCACACGGAAAUUCCAAUAAUUCUGUGAGGAGAGGGAUCGCUGUAAUUUAUCAGAUUCUUACUGUUAUGAUGCUUUUUUUUUUCAAAAUGCUUGUGUGUCUUAAUGAAGUAAACUAUUCUAGAUUAUUCCAGAAUAAGUGUUGGCAUAAUUUAGCAGUAUAAUCUGAAUUGAUUGAAACAGUCAAUCAAAAAAUGUAUAUUACAUAACUGGUAUUGCCAGUCAGACAUUGUGCCUUUAUAGAAUAUUUAUUGGUGAGAUUUAGAUUAUAUUUGAUACGUUGUACCAAAUUACUCGGUGGUGAAGAUGAAUAUUUGAACCAAGUAAUUGAACAACCUGUCCCAGAACCAACUAUUUUCUUUCCACUGAGAAAUAUUUUCUAGUUUAUGCUCUGUUGUUGUAACUAAGAUAUUUUCUAUUGCUUUCACCUGAAUAAGUAUGUUCUCUUUGAUUUGUUUUUUUUGUUUUCCUAUAAUAAUAAAAUAUUUUUUAAUAGUU